ACGCAUGCGUAAAAAAUAUGAAUACAUGAUGUAUUCUGCAAAGGAAAAGCAAAUGGAGGAGUAUAGUAUAUGGUGACGAUGGGUAUUAACCAUUACUGGUCAUAGAAGACAGAGAGAUAUUUAAUAAUGAAUUUAUUUCGGUAGCCAAAGAAAUUAUAUUAUGGAAGUAAAAUAGUAUUAAAUUUCAGAGCAGCCAUUUCUAAAGAAAUGGAUAACGUACCAUUAAAUGCAGAAUGUCCGUAUUACUGGGCUGCAGAUUCCUCGCAAACAGAAAAUUUUACAUAUUAUUCAAAUUCUCCGUUUAAUUAUCCUACCCAAGUUGCCCCUCCACCACCGUCUUAUUCCGUUCCACCACCCAAUUAUGGAAAUUACAAUUAUUCGAACGAAUCAUACUUUCCAGUUCCUCCUCCAGAGUCUGAUACUACCUAUCCUGUUGCAUCCGUUACAUCAUACUGUAGCUAUGAAUAUCAAAAUCGUACAUCGACUCAAGAAAACCAAGAUUAUUAUGCCUCGUCUUAUUCCCAAACUCAGGCAACUAAUUACAACUAUAAUUGGAGUUCAAAAAAUCCAUAUCAAACAGAAGGUAAGAUCGAUACGGGUAAAUGGGGAACUGAGAAUGCAUCUUGGUCAAUCCAGACAUCAGUCACUAAUUCCAAUUUGAAGACGAAAACUGUAUGUGCAGAUGUAAGACAUAAACCACUGGACACUGAUUUAAGACGCUCUAAUAGUCCUGAAAAUAGAUUUCAUUUAAAUAAAUUUAACACUAGAAGAAAAUACGAUGAUUACUUUAGUAGAUCUAGAGGGAGAAGCAAGGAAAGAAGGAAUUCAAGGGAACGAUUUUAUAAAAGAAGAAGCAGAAGUUUGGACAAGAAAUCUUAUAUGAGCAAUAAUUUUUUUAAUAACCAUUGUUCAGCCAGAAGCGAAAGAUCAAAAAGCAGAAGUAAAAGAUCAGAAAGCAGAAGUAGAAGUAAAAGAUCGGAAAGUAGAAGCAGAAAUAGACGAUCUUUGAGCAGAAGUAGAAGUAAAAGAAGAUCUAGAUCACAAGAAUCUCAUUCAUCUAUGCAGUCGAUGCGUAGUAACAAUCACCUAAAGCAUAAAAGCCUUAGCGAAAGAGAAAUGUUAUUAGAAAAAUAUAGGCGCAAUUAUUGUGCAACAAGCGAGGAUAUCAAGAGAAAAUUAAAUGAAUUGGAAAGUGAUGGGACGUUUGAAAGAAAAAUUUGGACAAGAACUGCACCAGCUGAUUUGUAUUACAAUAGGGAUGAAAAAAAGAGUAAAUUAAUGAGAGGUACUAAAAAAUUAAUCGAACUUUGCGACGAUUUUAAAACAAUACUUAUUGAUAGAGCCGAUGCUGCAAGAGCAGAUCAUUCUCCUUAUGAACCACCUCCAAGAAAAACAAGAGCGCGUCUUUGCAGACAUAAAUCAGAAGCUUGUAGUAGCUCUUCGACGGACAGCGAUGACUCAGUUGAUGAGGAUGAUAGAACUAUGGAAGAAUUGAUGGCUAAGAAACAGCAUCCUCAAAGGCUUCAUCCUGAAAUGUGGUUUAAUGAUCCUGGCGAAAUGAAUGACGGACCAUUGUGUAGAUGUAGUGCAAAAUCACGUAGAUCUGGUAUCCGUCAUGGCAUAUAUGCCGGAGAAGGAGCGUUAGAAAAAUGUGAUCCCAAUACUAAUAAUGCAGAUAAAUUAUUUCAUUAUCGAAUAACCAUUAGUCCACCGACAAAUUUUCUUACAAAAACUCCUACUAUUAUCAAGCACGAUGAGCAUGAAUUUAUAUUCGAAGGGUUUUCAAUGUUUUCGCAUUUUCCUUUAGUAAAAUUGCCAACGUGUAAAGUUAUACGUUUUAACAUCGAGUACACUGUUCUGUACAUUGAAGAGAAGAUGCCCGAAAAUUUUACAAUCAGAGAGCUGGAUUAUUUUCAAAAUUAUUUAUUUCAAGAAGUCUUAGAAUUAGUAGAUUUUGACUUACAGGCUGCUCAAGAUAAAAAUGGUUGUGGUCAAUUUCAUUUUAUGCCAAGAUUUGUCCGCGAUUUACCUGACAAUGGCCAAGAAAUAUUGUCUAUGAAUGAAGUUUUAAGUUACCUUAUAAAAAGUAGUUCUUUAUUGAUUAAUCCGGAUGAAUUACCCAAGUUACUGGAAAUGCCACAGUUUCAGUGGCAAAACUUUGCAGAUGAGGUUAAGGGAAUGGUUGUUACGUAUCCAGGUAAAAAACCUUGUAGUGUUCGAGUGGAUCAAUUGGAUAGAAGUCAAACAGAUCAACCACCAGGUGUUAUCGCUUAUCCCGAAAUCGUUCAUUUCGGUAUUCGACCGCCUCAACUAAGUUAUGCUGGAAAUACCGACUAUCAGAGAGCUUGGCGCGACUAUGUCAAGUUUCGCCAUUUGCUCGCCAAUAUGCCAAAGCCAUCGUUUGAAGACAAGCGUAAGCUCGAAGCUAAAGAAAAUAAACUUCAAGAAUUACGAACUCAGAGCAAAAUGAAACGAGACGUUACAGUGGACGUUAGCUCCGAUGGUUUUUAUCGUACCGGAAUUAUGUGCGAUAUUGUCCAGCAUGCGAUGCUCAUACCUGUCCUUGUCUGUCACCUGCGUUUUCAUAAGUCUCUAGAUAAUCUCGAACAAUCUCUCAACUAUCGAUUUAAAAAUAGAUAUCUAUUGCAACUGGCACUAACUCAUCCAAGUUAUCGAGAAAACUUCGGCACGAAUCCAGAUCAUGCAAGAAAUUCAUUGACUAACUGUGGUAUUCGUCAACCAGAGUAUGGCGAUCGAAGAAUUCAUUAUAUGAAUACGCGAAAGCGGGGCAUCAAUACUCUCAUUAAUAUUAUGUCGAGAUUCGGUGCCAAAAAGGAAACUGAAUCAUCAAUAGCACAUAAUGAAAGGCUGGAGUUCCUGGGAGAUGCGGUUGUUGAGUUCCUUACCUCGAUACACCUGUUCCAUAUGUUUCCAGAUUUAGAGGAAGGAGGAUUAGCUACCUAUCGAGCCGCCAUUGUUCAAAAUCAGCAUCUCGCUGUGCUUGCGAAGAAGCUAAAUUUGGAACAAUAUAUGCUUUAUGCUCAUGGAAGCGAUCUGUGCCAUGAUUUGGAACUAAGGCAUGCGAUGGCCAAUUGCUUUGAAGCUUUAAUGGGUGCUUUGUUUCUCGAUGGCGGUAUUAAAAUAGCUGAUACUGUUUUCGGUGAGACACUUUUUAAAGAGGAGCAGGACCUGUUGAACAUGUGGGUAAAUUAUCCCAGGCAUCCAUUACAAGAGCAAGAACCAACCGGGGAUAGACAAUGGAUACCGAGUUUUGAGUUACUACAGAAACUGACCAAAUUUGAAGAUGGUAUUGGGGUAGAAUUUUCACAUAUUCGCCUUUUAGCUAGAGCAUUUACAGAUAGAAGUAUCGGUUACACGAAUUUAACAUUAGGCUCUAAUCAACGCUUGGAAUUUCUCGGAGAUACAGUAUUACAAUUAAUAGUAUCGGAGUAUUUAUACAAAUUUUUUCCAGAACAUCACGAAGGCCAUUUAUCGCUUUUGCGUAGUUCAUUGGUUAAUAAUAAAACACAAGCCGUUGUAUGUGAUGAUUUAGGCAUGACUCAGUAUGCUGUUUACGGAAACCCUAAGGCGGAGCUAAAGACAAAAGAUAGAGCAGAUUUGCUAGAAGCAUUCUUGGGUGCUCUAUAUGUUGAUAAGGGUUUGAUAUAUUGUCAGGUAUUUUGCAAUGUUUGCUUCUUCCCUCGUCUUCAGGACUUUAUAAUGAAUCAAGACUGGAAUGAUCCAAAGAGCAAGUUACAACAAUGCUGUUUAACUUUGCGCACUAUGGAUGGAGGGGAACCGGAUAUACCUGUAUAUAAAGUAAUCGAAUGUAAAGGCCCUACGAAUACACGUGUUUAUACAGUUGCUGUAUAUUUUCAAGGAAAGCGAUUGGCUAAAGCAUCUGGUCAUAGUAUUCAAGAAGCUGAAAUGAAUUCGGCUAAAGAAGCUCUCGAAAAAUCUCAAGAUUUGUUUCCUCAACUUGACCACCAGAAACGUGUGAUAGCUAAAAGCAUGAAGAUGCAGAGCUGGUCACAAAGUUUAUCCAAGUAUCGAAUGCUUCAUUCUUACAAGUUGGAUGAUCGUAAUUCCGAAGACUCGGACAUCGAGUCACAUCGGAAGCGUCGCAGUCGUAGCCGGGAACGCGAUAAGCGCAAUAGUCGUUCUCGUGAGCGGUACGAUAGCGUGGAUAGACGAUUGCGAGAUCGUCACGGUAAACACGAGAGCAGCAGCAGUCCCUCCACAAGAAAUAAAAGUGCAGAAAGAAAUUCUAGUUCAGAUAAUUCUAUUUUAAAUUGCGUCGAUAAUGUAGCACAAGAGGAGGAAGACGAGAGCGUUAAAGUUGGCAAGAAACGAAGGAGGAUAUCAGUUUCCUCGGAUUCUAGUAGUAACGAAGCUUGCAACAGUAAUGUCUCUGAGCUUGAAAGGAAAAGUGAGAUGCCUUUUUCAGAGAAGAAGAUUAAGAAAAUAAGACUUUAGCAGUUUCGAGAUUCAUUUUCCUAGUACAAAAGCUGGUUAUUAUAAUUUGCCAGUAUUUGUCAAUUUUCUUCGAAUCAAUAGGUAUAUUGGCUUGAUGAAAAUUGAUAAAGGGUUGUCAGUUUGAAUAUUAAGAUGAAAGGUCAUGCCAUAUUAUUGAACUGGAUUAUAUAUUAAAAAUAAUAAUAACAAAAGUGAAGCCGAACCGUCAUUUGUGGAAGUAUAGAUAUUAAUUUUUUUAUCAUUGAAUUUCUUACUUUGACAUUAGAUUAAGGAGAAUGCAUUAUUUUUACUAAAAACUUCCAGUGGCAAUAGAUGCAACAUCUUAAUGGAGAUUAAAACAGCAGGGAUAUUCGCACUUUAAUCUUAUAAACGACAAUUACAAUGAUGUUAAUAAAAAGAGUUAUAUUUAAUCUUAUUAAAAUUCGUAUUAUUUUAUAA